GGGCCUGGACGGGGCGGGGGUGGAGUCAGCUCCUGGGCCCGCCUCCGCCAGCUCCCGAGAGCAGCCUAGUGCUGGGCAACCGGGCUAUUCUAGGGGCUUCAGGUGAGCAAGGGGAACAGAGGGGUCAGGAGACCUCCCUCAAGGUGGGGCCGUCGGUCUGACCGCGGGUCCAUCUGUCCUGCCGUCUCCCAACAGCCGCCUCCGCGGAGAAUGGGAGAACAAAGGGAGGGGGCGGUUCUGGGGCCCCUGAGGGAAUCCAGGGUCCCAGGGCCCCCGCCUUGCCAGCUGACACUUUCGGUUUCUCCCCGAGUCAGACGCGCCGCCCUAGAGACCCUGGGCCGGCGCUGGGCGCAGCUGCCGCUCUGCGUUUGCCUGUCCAUCUUUGUGUCUGUCUUUGUGUCUGUCUGGCUGUCUCCGAGCUUGCCUCCACUUCUAGAACUAAGCCUCCGGGACACCGACAUCCCGCGAACCCUCGCCCCUCUCCCAUGGCAGGCUACUUGCCCCCCAAAGGCUAUGCCCCUUCGCCCCCACCUCCCUACCCUGUGACCGCUGGGUACCCGGAGCCGACGCUGCAUCCUGGGCCCGGGCCGGGGCAGGCACCAAUGCCCGCCCACGUGCCUACCCCUGCGCCCGGCUUUGCUCUCUUCCCCUCGCCCGGCCCUGGGGCCCCGGGACCAGCUGCCCCCUUUUUGCCACUGCCAGGGGUGCCUUUUGGCCUCGAAUUCCUGGCGCAGAUUGAUCAGAUCUUGAUUCACCAGAAGGCUGAGCGGGUGGAAACGCUCCUGGGCUGGGAGACCUGUAACCGCUACGAACUGCGUUCGGGAGCCGGACAGCCCCUGGGCCAGGCGGCGGAGGAGAGCAACUGCUGUGCCCGGCUAUGCUGUGGCGCCCGCCGGCCCCUGCGUGUACGCCUGGUGGACCCCGGGGACAGAGAGGUGCUGCGCCUGCUCCGCCCCCUCCACUGUGGCUGCAGCUGCUGUCCCUGUGGCCUCCAGGAGAUGGAAGUACAGGCUCCACCAGGCACCACCAUUGGCCACGUUCUACAGACCUGGCAUCCCUUCCUCCCCAAGUUCUCCAUCCAAGACGCUGACCGCCAGACCGUCCUGCGAGUGGUGGGGCCCUGCUGGACCUGUGGCUGUGGCACAGACACCAACUUUGAGGUGAAGAUUCCAGAUGAAUCCCGCAGCGUGGGCCGCAUCAGCAAGCAGUGGGGUGGGCUGCUCCGAGAAGCCCUCACCGAUGCAGAUGACUUCGGCCUGCAGUUCCCACUGGACCUGGACGUGAGGGUGAAGGCUGUGCUGCUGGGAGCCACGUUUCUCAUUGACUACAUGUUCUUCGAGAAGCGAGGAGGCGCUGGGCCCUCUGCCAUCACCAGUUAGAGGCCACCUCGGGGUGAGGAGACCAUCAUCUCAACCAGAACUCAAGAUGGUCACCCGCCCUGGCCCCUCCUCAGAGGCAGCCCCUUUGCCUCCAUGGGCGCUGCAGGGGAGAGACAGGGCUGCCUGAGGCUGGAGGCUUGGUGCCUCAGGCCUCCCCUACUCCCCUGGCCUGCUUCACCUGUAGCCCCUACGGAAGGGUAUGUAUGAGCGCCCUUCCCCUGCUACUUCCCUCUUCUGCCUCCAGCACACCCUCAGCACGCGGGCAUAUCGGCUUUCCAACUUUCCCUGCUGACUUCCUCCCAAUCCCCUCCAGGGCCUCUGCUCCAGAUGAGGCCUUGGAAUGCAGGGUUUUAUGACCGGGCUGGGGUGGGGAAGGUCAAGCAGCACCAAAGACGGCAGACCCCGGUCACCCUCUCUCCGCAUCAGCUCGGCCAAUUAGUUCAGCCUCAGACGACGGCGCUCUGAGGGGGAUCCCUCCCUCCCUCCCACCCCCGAUAGCUAUAGGGCCAGAGCCCCAAUGCCGACUUCCUCUCCUCAGCUGGUGCUUGCUGCAACUUCCUGUGCCUUACCACCCCUUCCUGCCCCUUCCUUAGGAAGGAGGCUGCAUCUUUGUACGUUAUAUUCAUAUAAACUUUGUAACGUUU